AUGGCCUUACAGUGCCCAUAUCAACGUAUCUCGUACGCAACAUGGCGCCUACAACUCAUCCGUACUCUUUAUCACACUGAAUUCGAGAGCCGUGCUCCGAGGUCUCCUUUCCAACGAACCCGCCGCAAACACUACUACAGCACCUCCCAGCAUUACCAGGGAGAUGUUUCGAGGCGAUCUCGCGACACUUAUUCCCGCACGCCAAGGUCUUUGCUUGAUGACUCUAUUGCUCGCCGAAACAGCCCGCAGAACCCUUUCGACUAUGAUGGCGUUAGCCGCAUGAAAGGCGUCCUUGCCGAGGUAGACGAAUUACGCCAGAAGGUCGGGCGACAGACGUUCAAGAGAAUAGCGCACACCGUUCCUUACGAAUCCCCAGUGAAACACAAACUCAACGAUCCUCAUCGACGCCGUCACAAGAGAAUAGCGACCCAGGAAGAGAUUGCAGACUUGGAAAACAAUGUUUGGGCACGCAUCCUCGCCAGUCCUAUCCGAGCGUGUUUUAGCAGCGGGACAAGGCUACCGGUGGCCCUUCUGAGUAAUUGGAGCCUGGUCAAGGAACCAACAUCGGAUUUGAUAUACACCUUACCGACAGAACUGGCAGAUUUGGACGCCUUUGAGGAGAAGAUGGCGGCGGAGAUGUAUAAAGAGGCAUGGAGAUACAAGGCUGAAGAAUGGCGAGCCGCUGCCCAAAAACGCCGCGCCGCCUCCGGGGAAGGCCAAACGACUGAGUCCCUGGAUGAAGACUCGAACGUUGGAAACAGCAUAUCCGCAACGAGACCCAGAGGUCGCCAUGACCCCUUUUCCACUCGUAUUUUUAUGUACAUCAACUAUCUUCGCCACCUCACAGCCACUCUUGGGAAGCGACGAAAUGCCGACCCCUGGAAAGACGUAGAAAAGGACAAGCCAAUUGCCUUUAACAGCGCUCGCCUGUUCAAUCCCAGAACUCGAGAAAAAUUGGGAGCAGCCUCUCACUACGAGUUCAAUAGGACGCAGGUUGCAUUGGCAACGGGAGAAAUGGAGAGACCGACCCCUGAGUCAGACAGGUUCGAUUUCAAGGACUCACACUGGCAGCCGGACAUCGACGAUCGUCUGACUCGUAUCUUGCAAAAGCGGAUUGUCCUUGCAAUGAGGGCAACUGCGGAGGUGCUGGACGGGUCCCUUCGAAAGCAGCUUGAGAGGAGAAUCCUUCCCUUGCCCAUCCCCCGGAUGGGGGAAUUCCGCAUUCAAAGGCGUCACGGCUACCCCGAAACGCUCCGCGGUUGGCAAGGGGUUGAUGAUCUUGAGCGUCAAGAAAGAAAAGACUCUGACAAAGCCUUUGAUGAAUCACCCUCCUCGCAAGAGCUGGUCGAUGAAGCAGGAAGGCCGGCAGAUGAAGAGGCGCAACCACCUCCCUCUUGGCUGCCUGGGAGUAUUUUGCUGCACAUCGGCAAAGGCAACCUUGAGAAGCUCCUGGUUCCAGAGACUGAACCAUCGAGUGCCUCCCAAAGACUCCUCCCCCCACUGCCGAGAAACAGCCUGAUUCCAACCAUGGUACCAAUAGGUGGCGCUUACCGCAUCCCAGCCUUUUCUCUGCAUCGCUUUUUCACCAGCUCCGAUAACCCCAACGAUAUCCCCGAGUCAGCGACCGCCAACCUCAAGGAACUGGAAGACAUCAUCAACACCUGCGCGUCCUUCAACCUUUCAACCCAAACUGCCACUUCAUCCGCGCCCCCUCCAAUUCCGCAAAAUUUCUUCCUCCUGAUCAAACCGUUUGCCGGGGCGCAGAAAAACUUGGUCGAGGAGAUCUGGCGCCUCUGGCGAUACGUGGGCGGUCGU